GGUCCUGUGCAACACGGGAGGGAUGGGGCUCAGGACUGUUCUCGGCCGUUAGGACGCUGGUUUUGGGGCUCAGGUACCUCAGGUACCUCCAUACAGAGAGGGGGGCCCAGGAGUACCCCCCAGUGCAACAGCCGAGGGGCAGGAAGGCUAGCAGCACGGAUACGGGGACUUUUUCAACUUCAAAAAGGAAGGCACAAAUCUGACCACACAGUUUCCCUCCCUGAGGACAGACCUCGGCUUGGCUGGGUUUCCACGCCGGGACUCGGGGCAGACGCACUCAGGGAGCGGGAAAUCCAACGCGCCAGGGCGGGGAAGCCAGCCAGGACAUUUUGUGAACAGCCUCCCUCCUUCCCCCAGACCCCCAACCCGAACACCGGACGGGGGGCUCCCGGGGGCCGCGGGCUGGGGGGAGGCCCGGGGGCCGUGCCCCGUCCUGCAGCACCCCCUGUGCGCGGGCGGGGCGGGGAGAAACCCGACCUCCGCCGCCUGAGGAGGGAGAGGGGCUGCCGCGGCGCAGGAGGAGGCGGCGGCACGGCCGAGCGGUCCCCCCCCUCCGCCGGGACACCCCUCACGGCUGCGGGGACUGAGGGAGGCCGCCCGGCCCGGCUCGGCUCGGCUGGGAGCAGGGCGCGGGCUGCCCGGUGCCGGGGCAGGGCAGGGCAGGGCAGGGCGGGGGCGGUGCUGCCCCUCGCCGAGCGGAGCGGAGCGGGGAGGCGGGCGGCCGGGUGCCUGCGGCCGGCCGGAGCCAUGCGGAGCUGCGGGAGGGCUGCGGGCUGGGCCGCCCCGCUGCUGCUGCCGCUGCUGCUGCUGCUGGGGCAGCGCCUGCCGACGGCGCGGCCCUACAACCUGGACACCGAGCACCCGCUGCUCUUCCGCGGGAGCAGCGGCACCUUCUUCGGGUACUCGGUGCUGCUGCACCGCCACGGCGAGGAGCGAUGGCUGGUGGCGGGCGCCCCGCGGGCCAGCUGGCCGGCCAACAGCUCGGUGGACAGCCCCGGGGCCAUUUUCCGGUGCCGGAUCGGGAGCAACCCCCUUGGGCAGUGCGAGCAGCUCCAGCUGGGCAACCCCAACGGAGAGCGCUGUGGGAAGACCUGUCUGGAAGAGCGCGAUAAUCAGUGGCUGGGCGUCAGCUUAUCGAGGCAGCCAAAAGAGAACGGAUCUAUUGUCGCUUGUGGACACAGAUGGAAAAAUAUCUUUUACAUAAAAAAUGAACACAAACUGCCGUAUGGUAUUUGUUUUGCUGUCUCUUCUGAUUUUCGAACUGAACUGAGCAGAAGAAUAUGCCCAUGCUAUAUAGAUCAUGUGCGAAAGUUUGGAGAAAACCAUGGGUCAUGCCAGGCUGGAAUAUCUAGUUUUUACAUUGGGGACUUAAUUAUAAUGGGAGCCCCUGGAUCAUUUUAUUGGACUGGUUCUGUUUUUGUAUACAAUACAACUGCAAAUACAAUCCAUGCUUAUACAGAUUCAAAUAACCAAGUGAAAUUUGGCAGUUAUCUAGGAUACUCUGUUGGAGCUGGACAUUUUCUGACAUCAGACAGUACAGAAGUAAUUGGAGGGGCUCCCCAGCAGGAGCAGACUGGUAAAGCAUACAUUUUUAGCAUUGAGAAGGACCUAAAUAUUCUAUUUGAACUAAGGGGUAAAAAACUUGGUUCUUACUUUGGAGCUGCAGUUUGUGCUGUGGACCUGAAUGCAGACGGCCUCUCAGACUUGUUAGUUGGUGCUCCAAUGCUAAGUACCAUCAGAGAAGAAGGAAGAGUUUAUGUCUAUAUCAAUUCAGGUUCUGAGGCAAAGAUGGUAGAACUGGACAUAGAGCUCAGUGGGAGUGACUCAUAUGCAGCCAGGUUUGGAGAGUCCAUAGCCAAUCUAGGAGACAUUGAUAAUGAUGGUUUUGAAGAUGUAGCUAUUGGGGCUCCGCAAGAAGAUAAUCUAAAAGGAGUUAUUUAUAUAUACAAUGGUAGGGAAGAUGGAAUAACCCCGACAUUUUCACAGAGAAUACAAGGACAUCAAGUCAGUAAUUCUUUAAGCAUGUUUGGACAAUCCAUAGCAAGCGGCGUUGAUGCAGAUAACAAUGGUUAUCAAGAUGUAGCAGUUGGUGCAUUUCUGUCUGAUUCUGCUGUGGUGCUGAGAACAAAACCAAUAAUAAUUGUUGAAGCUUAUUUAAAACAUCCAAAUUCAAUAAAUCGAACUAAUUUAAACUGCAUGGAAAAUGACCAGCCUGCCAUCUGUAUGAAUUUGAAGAUAUGCUUUACCUAUACAGGACGAGAGGUACCUGAUUAUAUUGUAUUGUUUUAUAAUCUUAGUGUUGAUGUGAAUAGAAAAAUGGAUACGCCAGCAAGAUUUUACUUUUCUGUCAAUGGAACCUCUGACACAACCUCUGGAAAUAUAAAGAUUAACAGCAAGAACGUUGCCUGCAAAGACCAUCAAGCAUUUAUGAGGAAAGAUGUAAGGGAUAUCUUGACUCCUAUACAUGUUGAAGCAAGUUAUCGUCUGGGGCAACAUAUUCUACAGAAAAGAAACGCUCAAGAAUUUUCUCCACUUCAACCAGUUCUUCAAAGGAGGAAAGAAAAAGACGUUAUAAAAAGCAAGUUUGUUUUUGCAAGAUUUUGCUCCCAAGAGAAUUGUUCUGCUGACUUGAGAGUUUCUGGAAAAGUGGCUUUUCCAAAACCUCAUGAUAAGAAGGCCUAUCUUGCUGUUGGAAGUAUGAAGACUUUGUUGUUGAAUGUUUCUCUGCACAAUGUCGGAGAUGAUGCAUAUGAAACUGUCCUCCACAUUCAAGUCCCUAAAGGCCUUUAUUUCAUUCGAGUUUUAGAAUUGGAAGAAAAACAGAUACAUUGUGAAGUAUUAGACAAAGAAAUUCAUGUAGUGAAACUUGAGUGCAGCGUUGGCUAUUUGUAUGUUGAUCAAAAAUCAAAGCUGGAUUUUAGUUUCCUCUUGGAUGCCAGCUCAUUUACCAGAGCAGAUGACGACCUCAAUAUCAUCAUUAAUGCUAGCUGCAAAAAUGAAGAUGGAAACAUGUUACUGGAUAACACGCUAACUUUAGCUGUACCUCUGAAGUAUGAGAUUGAAUUAAAUGCUCAUGGAUUUGUAACACCAGCUUCGUUUGUUUAUGGAACAAAUGAGAAAGAAUCACCAGUUACGUGUAUGGAGGAGAAUAUCAACUUCACUUUCCAUGUUAUCAGUGCAGGACCAAGUAUGGCUCCAAAUAUAAACCUAGAAAUAAUGAUACCUAAUGCUUUUCCACCCAAUGACUUCAAAUUAUUUAACAUCUUGGAUAUCAAGACAACAGUUGGACAAUGCUCCUACAAUAAAUAUCCCAGAAACUGUAAUGCAGCAGAAAAAAAUGGAAAUAUGUUAAAGGAUGUUGUCAUUUUUUUUUCAAAGGCUGCUAAGAGACACAUGUACUGCAUGAAAAAUGACAGUCUUUGCUUACAAAUACUUUGCAAGCUUGGAAACAUGGAAAGUGGAAAAGAAGCAACCAUUCAAUUGCAACUGGAGGCUACUCCUUCACUUUUAGAAAUGGAUGAUGCAUCAGCAUUGAAGUUUGAAGUCAGAGCAACAGCAUCACCAGAAAAAAAUGAAAAAGUUAUUGAACUACAAAAGGACAAGCAAGUAGCAUAUGUCUAUUUAGAAGGAGUGCACCACCAAAAGCCAAAAUACCAUGUUACUGUGCUAAUUAUUGGAAUAGGCUUAAUAGCUGGCGUUACCUUGUUUUUGCUUCUUUCAUUUAUAUUAUGGAAGAUUGGCUUCUUCAAAAGGCAAUACAAACCAGUCGCUCAGGACAAGAACGAAAGAGACAGCUGGAGUUUUACAAGUGGGAACAAAGAUGACUAAGAGGGCAAAUAAAAGCUCAUUUUGAAAUGAAGAAUUAAGGUUCAGGUUAAGUCACAGAAGAAACACCAAUGAAAUGAAAACAGGUCGUGAGUUCACUUACUCUUACAAAAUACACUUUAUUUUCUUCAUCUGUAUGGAAGACUACACCUUAAUGUACAGUUAAUUUUCUAAUAUGAAAAUGGUAAAACAGUUUCAGUUUUGAAGUCUUAAUAUUUGAGAUACCAUACAUAACAUCUCUGGUUUCAAACAUCAGAACACUACAGAUAAAGGGAAGAAUCAUUAGUUAACAGAACAAAGAGUUCUUAGAAAGUAAAAUUUGACCAAUCUUAGAAAAAAUUGGAUCUCAAACAUAAUAGCAUGAAUUAUUCUAUUCAUUUUCAAGUUUCAAUAAUAUUUUGUUUAGACACUCAAGAAGAAAUCCCCCCUCAUCUUGCUUUGACAAUUUUACAUGGGUAAAGUAGCUUAAACCAAUAGAAGGACCAUAAGUAGAGUGCACAGAUGUAGAAAACAGCUAUCAGAAGCUCUCUUGGGCUUCUAAAGGUAACCUCAUAAGCUUGGCUUCACAGACACAGCUACGGUAUUGCAGAGACUUAGACAGCCAGGCAAGCCAGAGCCAGGAAAGUCAGAGGUGGACAAAGGUGGAUUUAGAGCAGGGAAUUUUGUGUGGUUACAGUACACCAUCCUCUCUCAGCUGUAGAAAGAAUAAUGUAUUGGAGAUCAUAAUUUGUAGCCAUUUUCAAUGAGGUACUUACAAAAAUGACAGAAUUGGUUGUCCUUUCCUUAAUUAUCAGCUCCAUGAUGUUUUGGACUUCUGCAGUGAAAUAUUUCUAUCUGAGGUUUGUUUGUUUUUUAUAAGCAAAUAUUUAUUUUUAUUUAUUUGAAGAUUUUCUAUAAUACUUAGCAUAGUAGUAUUUAGUACUGUUAUUCUUCCAGUAUCUGAAAGAAAGACUUCACAUGACAGAGAAACAGAUGUACUCAAAACACUCCAAAAUGCCAACUGUACUGGGCCAAAUGUUAUCUUUCAAUCCUCCACCUGAAAGUAUUUACUAAGUCAUUUGGAGAGCUAGGUUAAGUUCUUGUGAAGUUUACAGAUAAAUACCAUCCAAACUGGCAUCCUCAGAAGCCACGCAUCGGAAAGGCAAAUGACGGAAUAGAAACAUGGUUCAAAUCACUGCUCUGCUACUACAGAAAGUUUCUUCAGCUGGAUAAGUUUGCACUGCCACCUAGCUUUGGUGAAAUAAAUAGUAUAAUCCAGGAAAAAAAAAGUGACUGCUCCCCAGUUCAACUGGACAAUGUACAAUGUCAUCAAUAGCUGGAUCUAUUGCAACAGCAGUAUGCAUUAUGGCCUUUCUUGCCUUGUCUUCGAUGAGUUUCUGAACUGCAAGGAGAAACAAACGUAACGUGUACGUACACUUUGAAGCUGCACCAUCAUACGGAAAUUAGCCUGCAACUCAAAAGCAAUACUUUGUGCCUUCAACAAGCAAUUUUUCUAAUGGAGUGUAUUUGGUGCCAUAAAAGCCGGAUUGUCCACGGAUUCUAAAGGUAUUGGGGACCAUUUUGUAAUUUCCUUUCACUUGAUUUGAUGCCAAAGUUGUGGUUCUAAAGUACUCUAAAGUUAAACUUUUCUCUUUAAAAUCUUUGGCACAUUAAGGACAAAUGAAUGUUUAUGUAUUUAAAAAGAAAGUCAAAAUAAAGUGUGAAGAAUUAAGUAUUUUCUUGCAAGUCUAUGAAACAUAUACAAAAUGUUUUUCUUCUGAAUGGCUUUAGUGAAUUUUUGCACUUUAACCAAAAUACCAUUGAAGAGAAAUUUGUUUGAUAUUACAGCAUAUAAAUAUACCUCAAAUACUGAAAAAAGCAUUAAAAUUCUUUCUAGUACAAACAAUGCAAAGAAGCAAAAGUAAAGCAUCUAUUUUUGACAUAGUUUACAUAAGUCAAUAAAUGUGAUAAUGUUGCCUUGGAAUGUUUUCUGUUCAGAUUUGAUUAUUAAUGUGGAAAUGUUGGUUGCCUAUUCUUAGCAUAUAAAGCAAAAAUUCAAUUAGCUGUUAUAAACAAGAUUGACAAAAAAUGAAAGUACACUGUGCUGAUGAAGGCAAGAUUAUAAAGCAUCACUCUGUUUCACUUGAAUAAAGAGGAUCCCAACAAGCUAAUCACA